ACGCCUACUUAUAGCUUUCGUCUGUGAAACAUCGAACUUCGAAGAGUACUUGUAAAUGGUGUUUAGUGGCCUUUGAGAAUUAACUUUAUAGCAGUAGCAGUUCGCAUUGCCUUCUAAAAGUUGUUUUGAAGAGGGAAAAAACCGGAGAUGAGUUUCUUAUUUGGAAGCCGUUCAUCAAAGACUUUCAAGCCCAAGAAAAAUAUCCCAGAAGGCUCUCAUCAGUAUGAACUGCUGAAACAUGCAGAGGCCACCUUAGGAAGCGGAAACCUUCGAGCUGCUGUGAUGUUACCAGAGGGAGAGGACCUUAACGAAUGGAUUGCUGUCAAUACUGUGGACUUUUUCAACCAGAUCAACAUGCUCUAUGGCACAAUCACUGAAUUUUGCACAGAAACCAGCUGUUCUGUUAUGUCUGCGGGGCCCAGGUAUGAAUAUCACUGGGCAGACGGCACCAACAUCAAAAAACCCAUCAAGUGUUCUGCUCCCAAGUACAUUGACUACUUGAUGACCUGGGUUCAGGAUCAGCUGGAUGAUGAAACUCUCUUCCCGUCUAAGAUCGGCGUUCCUUUCCCAAAGAACUUCAUGUCAGUGGCAAAGACUAUACUGAAGCGUCUGUUCAGGGUUUAUGCUCAUAUUUACCAUCAGCAUUUUGACUCGGUCAUGCAGCUUCAGGAGGAAGCUCAUCUUAACACCUCCUUCAAGCAUUUUAUCUUCUUUGUACAGGAGUUCAAUCUCAUUGAUCGCAGAGAGCUGGCACCCCUGCAGGACCUUAUUGAGAAACUAGGCAGCAAGGAUAGAUAGACGCUGGUAUGAAUACCGUAUUGGUCAGCCUUAAUGCAUUUUCCAGAAAGCCUUUAUUUGUCCUGUCUACUUUUUGGAGUCUGAAUUUGCUUUGUGCACACUGAUCGUCUUCGUUGUAUCUCAGCUGUGCUUCCUGAAGCUCAUAGAAGAAGUCAUCCUGAAAAACUCUUGAUUUAUGUGUGGAUUUUCUCUUUGUGUUUGUUCUGUUGUCAGUAUUACACUGUAGCUUUUUUUUUUUUAAAUGUAUUUGUGAUGUGGAUAUAAAACAAAUAUCACAGUUUAGUUUUGAUGGAAGUAAAAAUAAAACCAGCAUUUGUAGUCAGUACUUUUAUAUAAUGUGUGAGGGGAAAAAAAAAAAGAUUAAGAUGUAUUGGAGGAAGGGAUCAAUAUUACAUUUUAUUUUAUACAAGUUUGAAAACAAAUUAUUUUUGAUGUUUUCAUUUUUAUGUGAUUGCAUAUUCAACAGUGAAGAUUAUUACAAGACUUUUAACAAAAAUUUUGUUUGUAGGCGAAUCUCGAGAUUUUAUAUUCAGACUUUUAAGCAGUAUUUCAUGCAUAUUGGAAGCGUCAGGUUAAUUUUAUUUUUCCUUUUUUAUUUUAUUUCUACUCACAAUAAUGACUCUCUACCAUGUUCAUAAUCAGAUUUUCUAAAGCAUUUCGUCCUGUUAAUGUUUAGGUUAUAGCCAGUGAAUGUUAGUAAAAAUUAUCAUUUGCCAAAUGUCAUUUUUAAACAACAAAAUGGUUAUUUUGUUUUUUCAUGAAUUACACUGUAUUUUGCAUUAUUUGUAUUAGACAUCUUUUAAAAGAUGCACUAUAAGAUGUAUUGCAGUAAAAUAAUUUUAUUUUUAUUUUUUUAACGAUAUUGUGAGGUUGAUAUUUUUUACAAAAUGGAAAAACCCCAACUUUUAUUUUGAAACUGAAACUUUCCUCACCCGGAAGCACGUUUCUGCUGAGAUGCUUGAUGCAAAUAAAAUGGUCAAAAAGGUCUUAUACAUAUA